UGGCUGAUCUAGCGCGUCAUUCGUGUCUUCGCUGAUUGGUCGUUCGUCAUCGGAACUUCCUCCAAUUCCGGAAAAGAGCUGAAGAAUUCAACAUGGGUACACGUUUGAAGGUCCUUAGCGUGUUUAAAAAGCUGCACAGAACCAGGCUGGCUGUGUUCAACCAUGAUGACAGAUCACUGACAGCUGCAAGAUUAAAGAUCAAUGAGGAGUUCCGGAAAAACAAAAAUGAACCUUCAGAAGAAAACAUCCAGAAGAUGAUUAAAAUGGGCUCGGAUGUGGAAAUUGUUCUUCGAGAAUCCGUGUUACAAAUGGAACACCUUGGGGAAAAUACACUCUUGCUACGACCAGAGAGAGCCUACUACUAGAAAAUGUACCCUACUGUGACCAGCCCAGGAAAAAGUCAUGACGGAUCAACCAACAACUUUGACAUCAAGAAGGACUUACAAUCAACUAUAAACAUCUAUUUGCAUUUAAAAAUACUUCUCCUCAAUAGCAUUUUACGAUUUUCAUGAUCUGCAGAAAGAAGGCCUUAUUUAAGAUCAUCACUGCAUGGAUUUCAGCUGUUCUGUCGUUAGAAUUCUAAAUGGAAUAUUUGUGUACAGUAUUUAUCAAAAGAAAAAGUUUUUUUUCUCAUUUGAGUGGUAGAUGUUUUAACUAUAUGGAAGAUACUUUGACGCCACAUAAAAUGUUAAAAGUUUGUCCAAGUUUGUCAUUUUUUGAUGAUUGAUUAAACCACAAAAAAAAGAGAUGUGAUGGUAGUUGGACCUUUAAAGACCACCACAAAUUUUCAAUAAAAGUCUCAGAAAAUG